UCCAUAAAGCGGGUGCCACACACUGCCACCGAGCAGAGCAAAGGUGUACUCGAUUUAGUCAUGAGUCGCGAUACUUCUUCAACUUUCUACGAGUUACUGCAAGGCGGGGGCAGGAGCUGUGGCAGGGAGGCAGAGUGCCUGAAGAUUGGGGGUCAGGCUGAGUGCAUGACGGAAGACGGCGGGUGAUGCCUCCUUCAACUGCCUACUAACGUAAUGUUUCCUCUGUGUACGUGCUGCUGCUGCUGCUGCUUAGUGCCUCGGCCACCCGUCGGACGUCAUACACAUUCUCAGUUCCUGCCCAGGCAUAAUAUUAUUGUCUCCGCUGCCGUCGUCCUGCGCCAGGCCAGCCACCUCACUCAAGCUGUCUCUUCACCUCACUAUCACCAUCCCCAAACCGAUGGUUGUCACUCCUUGAAAUGGCGAGGAGAGGAGGAUCACUCCCACUGCAGGCUCUGGCGAUGGAUGAAACUUGCAGAAUAACCCUCAACGCCAUUAAUAACGUAUUGCUGCAAGACAAAUUGUGUCACAGAAAACUGUCCAGUGAGUGUAGAAGAAAACGGAGUUAUUCUUGCAGUGAUGAUACGCAAGUGAAUCUCCCCGAACACAAGAAACCUCGGACGGCUGAGGACCAAGACGUCAGCGGCCCCAGCACCCGAGGAAAGAGAGCGAGGGAGCCAGAGCACGACGAUGAUGACAUUGCACACCGGAAGAGGCGAAAAGAGAAUGACGGGCCUUCCUUGAGGAGUGCCACUCUGCUGCCUAACCCUGUGCCCAGGCAGCUGCAGGGCACCAGAGACGAUGAAGGCGUUCGCUACCGCGUGUCGGGUUCUGAGAAGCUCGAGGCCAUGAAGCACUACUUAUCCGGUCUCACGCCGUCGAUGUGGACUGCCUACGGGAGUUCCCUGCUAGACAGAGCUAUAAGAAAGGUCAGAUUCGAGCACGUGGACGAUAAAUUCCUCGGAAAAAUAAUCGAGCAUAUAUUUAGUGAGAAGUUGCUGUCCUUUUCAACAGUGUCCGUCGAAAACUACUCAACCGGCUUGGAAGCUACGCUUUUUGAUAAGCUAAAAAAGUGUAUACGACUGGUGGUGCUGGAGGUGACUGUAGUCCCGCAGGGCGAGAGGGACGUCGUGGCCGCCUCCAUCGCCCUGCAGCGGCUGAGGCACCUCCACUCCCUCUCCCUCCUGCCGUCCUCCCGCUACUCCUACCACUGGGCCGUCAGUCACGUGGCCCGCCACUGCCAGGCGCUACGAGAACUGAAAAUAGUCUACGACGGAGACCUUUUCGACAGUGUGAAUGAGUUGACAAGUCUACAGAAUUGCAGCAAAAUGACCUCCCUUUGGCUCUUUAACUUUGGGCGCAAAACUGAGACGAAGGAGUUGACCCGACUCAUGAACUCAUUAGAAAAGCUUAAAGUUCUAUUUCACAAAGAGUUACCCAAUGCUAUCAUGGAGCUGCAUGGUGCGAGGAGUACAGGCGAGCAGGCCUCGGAGCCAAGGGUUGAAAGGCAGCUGGCGCUAGAACGGGUGGACCUGUGCUGGUACCAGAGGGCCGUGGGCUACCAGCUGGUGUACGUGCCGUCUUCUUACCUGCUACAAGUUGCCAAAGUGUGUCCUCGGAUCAGAGUCCUCAACUUGGUGAGUCCCCCGUGUCUUGCCAAAGUGGUCAAGAACCUGCCGCAGCUUCACGUGCUGGUGCUGCAGCAGGCCAGCCUCACGUCCUGCCUCGCCUGCACCCUCAAUAACCUCGGCCUCAGCAGAGUUACGGAGAUACGAGCGACAGACGUGUGUGACGUGACGCACGACAUCAUCUCGGCGCUGGCCCGCGGCUGUCCUCACCUGCAGGUUUUGAAUAUCAUCAACUCCAGCUUGAAAGCAAGAGGAGACCUGGAGACCCCGCCUCACCGCCAUCCAUUCCCUUGCCUCCGUCAGCUUACUCUGGUGCCCGUCAUGAUCCACGGGCGCCCCUCCCUCACAAAUCCCUCCAUCUGGCAGCUCGGCGCUCAGCUGACGUCCUACCUCCUUGGCGGCGCCUCUCAGCUGACUGCCAUCCACCUACACUACAAGCCGGAGGACAUCCUCGACGGUGACCUGCCCACCGCACACUUCUUGGAGGCUGUCUUCAGCUGCCAUCGACCUGCCCUUCGCUCGCUCCUCCUGGAGUGGCCGCCGGCCGUCUCUCCCGGGCUGGUUGGGGCCGUUGUGCGGGCCUGCCCUGCCCUCGCCACGCUGGCCUCCAUCCUCACCUGGCCACUCACGUCACACCAGCGCGCCGCCAUCGUGACACAGCACGGACGUCACAUUGACAUCACGUGACAACUUCGGGGAUUUGUAUUCACUGGACUGCGUUCCGCUCCCCCCCCCCCCCCCCAACACACACACACCUUAAGAGUCGCUGCGACUGUAACGUGCUCGCAGGACUCUAAGGCUCUGGGUAUGGAAAAUAUGACUGUGAUGCCGCUGUUUGUGAUAAUAUAACUAAUGAACCACAGGGCGUUGUUUAUCUCCCAGUGUUCUGUAAGCACUUCGACGUUUCCUCACGCGGGCUGGGAUGGGAAUUUUCAGAGGCAACGGUCCACCCACACUGCAAGUCUAUCUGUAAACCAUGCAGUUCUUAACUAUUCUAAAAUGACGGACCUUUCUGAAAAGUGAAAACCCUGUGAAGGCUGCGGAGUCCUCGCCCUGGCCUCCAACAUUUGGAAGCUAUUCUGUAAGUCGCAGGCUGAUGUCGACUCUCCUGCAUUUUACGUGGCAAUAGUAUACCACUUUACUAGACAUAUUAACUAAUCUUAAUUAAGCUACAUAUCAUGUUCGUAACACUUUAUAUUUUGCAGUCAGGAACUGAUGGAAAUAUUUUUCUAUGCGCCAGGUUUAAGGGGCCCUUGAAACCCAUCCAUUUACCUCU